GAUCGAGCCAUCGAGCUGUUGUCAAUGUGGAGCUUUGGGGCUUUGGCAACAUUCAAUUUACGCACAUUUGGCGAUAAGAUAAACCAACCACCAGCCACAAAUAAUAUCAACUGGCCAUGGGUCGGGAUGGCUCAUUGUGUUGGCUCUAUUCAAGAAAUUCGGUCGAUUUCUGUGCUAUUUCCAAUUUCAAUACUGCCAAGUGCCCCAGAGAGAUGGCUAAAAUCUGGGCCAUAACGCUCAUAUCGGCCAUAUCGCUGCUCCUAGGAGUUCUGGCCUCCGGCGAAAGCCUGGGAAGUGAAACGGCUGGCAAGAUAGAGCCCAAGAUCGUGGGCGGUUAUGAUACGUCCAUAGAGCAGGUGCCGUACCAGGUGUCCAUACGCCUCACCGCCAACGAUAGGAAGAGCUAUGGAUCCGGUCACCUCUGCGGCGGAGUGGUCAUCUCCCAGCGUUUGGUCGCCACCGCCGCCCACUGCUGUUACAUCACCGAAAAGAAGAAGUAUCGCACUGCUGGCGAAUUCGUCCUGGUCAUGGGCAGCACCUACCUGACCAGCUCCACCAAUCGCACAUUGAUGUACUACCUGCAGCAGCUGAUCACGCACGAGUAUUAUAAUCCGGAUGCGCUGACCAAUGACAUUGCUCUCAUGUUCAUCAAUGGCUAUAUACCCUGGAAUUGGCCAACGGUAAAGGCACUGGCAUUGAACAGCCAACUCGUGGCCACAAACACCGACUGCCUCAUCUCCGGAUGGGGUCUGCUCCAGCAGAGCGGCACGUAUAGUAGCAAUACGCUGCAGGCGGCCACGGUGCCCAUAGUGUCCUAUACCACCUGUCGCAUCUCGUACACCUCGAUUCCGGUGUCGCAGGUGUGCGCCGGCUAUUGGAGUGGCGGCGUGGACGCGUGCCAGGGCGACUCCGGCGGACCCAUGAGCUGCAAUGGCAUGUUGGCCGGCAUUGUUUCGUACGGCGCUGGCUGCGCAGCACCUGGAUAUCCGGGUGUCUACACCAAUGUGUCGUACUAUCACGAUUGGAUUGUCCAGAAGAACAACUCCCUCAACUAUACGAUCUAUCAUAAUGGCGGAGUGACACAGGGAUCUGGUUGGUCUUACCUGUGGCUUCUGCCGCUCAUUGUGGCCUUCCUCCUGGAACGACCUUUGUGUGGCCCCCAAUGGACCAUGGACCACCUAUGGAUGUGCCUGCUGAUUUUGGUGACCCACACCGGAAGCAGCCAAUCCCAGAUUGCCCUACCGACGGCACACACAGUCUCGCCCUUUGAGAUCCUGCCGAAGAUCGUCGGCGGCUACACGGUGACCAUUGAGCAGGUGCCCUUCCAGGUGUCCGUGCGCCGGCGUUCGAUCCACGAGCGGCACUACGGCAUGGGUCACGUGUGCGGCGGAGCGGUCAUCUCCCAGCGGGUCGUCUGUUCGGCGGCACAUUGCUACGCCAUCAAUACCACAGUGCCACUGGUCUAUCGUGAUCCCGAGCUGUAUGUGGUGGUGGCCGGCAGCAGCGCCAUCGAUCGGACGGACCGCUUCACCCAGGAGUACCUGGUGCAGCGCAUCAUUGGCCACAAGGGCUACAAUGGCAGCACGCUGGAGAACGACAUCGCCCUGCUCUUUCUCAACGGCUUCAUACCCUGGGAGUCGCAUGGGGUGCGUGCCAUACCGCUGGCCACACAAGCACCCGAGGAGGGCACCACCUGUCUCAUCCAUGGCUGGGGCAAGGUCACCAUGAAGGACAAAUCGGCUGCGCUGCAGCAGGCACCAGUGCCGAUCCUCAACCGGGAGCUCUGCCAGGUGAUCUACAAGCUGCCCGCCUCCCAGAUGUGCGCCGGAUUCCUGCAGGGCGGCAUCGAUGCGUGUCAGGGUGACUCCGGUGGGCCGCUGAUCUGCGAUGGGCGUCUGGCCGGGAUUAUAUCAUGGGGCGUGGGCUGUGCGGAUCCCGGCUAUCCGGGCGUCUAUACCAAUGUGUCGCACUUCCUCAAUUGGAUACGGGGGGCAAACGCUUCGCUGGACUACUCCGAGUACCGGCAGAUGCCGCUGCUGAAUCUGGCUAGCCGUCGAUGUCGUUGGCGAUCUGUAUCUUUGGGCUUCUUGGUAAUGGGUGCAACGACACGUACACGCUUCGAUACGAAGGCCAUCCGUUCGAGAUUCAUUGAGGAUCCCGGCAGGAUUAUCAAUGGUACGGAGGCCUCGCUGGGCGCCACCCGGCACCAGGUGGGCAUUCGCAAGGCGCUCAACGAUGGCUACUUCUUUGGAACGGGCCACCUCUGCGGAGGAUCGCUCAUCCGGCCGGGAUGGGUACUCACCGCCGCCCAUUGCUUUGUGGAUCAGAUUAUUUACGACGGCACCUUCGUGCCCAAGGAGGAGUUCAUCGUGGUGAUGGGCAACCUGGAUCGCUACAAUCGCACCAACACGCUGACAUUCACGAUCGAUGAGCGCAUCAUGCAGCUGGACAUCUUCGAUCUGACCACCUACGACAAGGACAUCGCUCUGCUGAAGCUGAAUGAUACGGUGCCCACUGGUCAUCCGACCAUUCGUCCAAUUGCCCUCGCUCGGUUUGCCAUAGCGGAGGGCGUCGUCUGCCAGGUGACGGGAUGGGGCAAUCGGGAGGAUGGCUAUGUCUCCGAUAUCCUGAUGACCGUCGAUGUGCCGAUGAUCAGCGAGGAGCAGUGCAUCAAUGACAGUGACCUGGGUCACCUGAUUAAGCCGGGCAUGAUAUGCGCCGGCUAUCUGGAGGUUGGCGAGAAGGAUGCCUGCGCGGGCGAUUCCGGCGGCCCAUUGGUCUGCCAAAGUGAAUUGGCCGGCGUGGUUUCCUGGGGCAUCCAGUGCGCCCUGCCCAAGCUACCGGGUGUGUACACAGAGGUGUCCUACUACUACGACUGGAUACUCAAGAAUAUGGGCGAGGAUGCCAAUGGCGAAGGCAGUGGUGAAGGAAGUGGUGACAGUGGAAGCGGCGAGGGAAGUGGCGAAGGAAGUGGUGACAAUGGAAGUGGCGAAGGCAGUGGUGAAGAUGGAAGUGGUGGUGGUGGUGGUGGUGAUGGUGCCAUGGCCGCCAUGGCCGGAAGUCUGACCCUUCUUCUGCCCGGAAUCCUCGCUCUGCGGCUAAUGGCUACGCAAUUUUAAAAACAUUUGAAUAAAACUAUUUAAACUAAGUAUUAAA